UAGCUUCCUUCAGCCGCCUGUCAGGUGCUCGAGGUUGCCAGCACGGCACUGGUCAAUUCCCCUGGAAGAGCUGCUCAGGCCAGCGCUUCAUUCACCCUUUGCUUCACCUUUCUUUACACACACCGCAAUCUUCUGGGCAUGGUCAAAUAUAAAAACAGACACUGAUUUGCUAGUGUCAGCCAGUGUAUCAUCAUGCAGUUAGUAUGUUGGUAACUGUGUUAUUUUUGGAGAUAUUGGGUAGCUUGGGUAAGGUCAGCUUGCCAUCCUACACCUGGAAAUCAGCACGCAGCUUUCUUGCACCAUCUAUGAGCUACGCCUUUCAUGCUACUCUUUCCCUCAUGGCUCUUCAAGGAAUGAAUAUUCCCAUGUAUGGCGCUGUGAAGCGAUGUACUCCACUUGUCAACUUGAUCUUGGCUGUAGUCAUCUUGCGACAUCCUUUCCCAUCAUUCACACUCAUUGUGUCUGUCCUGACCAUUACCAUAGGCUGCUUUGUUGCAGUGUUAGGUGACUUAACUUUUGAUGCUUUUGCCUACACGAUGGGUGGCCUGAGUGUAUUGGCUCAGGGACUGUACCUGACACUAGUGCAACAAUGUGCUGAGAAUAAGCGAUCCACGUGGGAAAUUUUGCAGCUCAACAGUUAUAACACCCUUGCACCAUUCAUAAUCAUGUCUGUACUAGUUGGAGAACCUGAAAAUAUUAUCAAGAGCAAAUACAUUGCAGAUAUUGGCUUUCAUAUUGUUUUUUGGAUACUGGUAUCCAUGGGCUCAGUAUUGAACUAUUCCCUGUUCCUGUGCACAGUUCUUAACUCUGCUCUCACUACGUCUCUUGUAGCAGUGGCCAAGUCUGUUAUACAGACACUUGUUGGCCUUUUUGUGUUUGGAGGCAUUAAAUUUCAUCCCCUCAAUACUGCUGGUAUUGUUAUGAAUACUCUUGGUGGUUUUAUGUACACCUACACAAAAUAUCAAGAGAAGAUAGAAGACAAAAGACAAAAGACUGAAGAUGAAAAUUUCAAUGAAGUCAAAGUUGGGUUCCAUCCUCUCAGUGUACAAGGCACAAUAGAUAAGAGUGGAGAACACAGCCUUAAUGAUAUCAAAGUUAGUUAAUGUAUUGUGUUCAGUUUUGUUUUGCUGCUUGACGCACAUCAUGCUAAACAUGUUGCCUUCUUGUAUCAAUACUUAUGAGAGAUGCUUAUGACAAUGUUAUAUAUGCAUUUAGAAUUAUUUAGAACCAGUUUUUAGAUCAGUAUUAUUUAUUUAUUUAUUUAUAUGCAGUUUUUUAAUCAUUUUUUUAAUGUAUGAUUGACACUGAAUAUUGAUCUAGUAAUUUUGUAUAAUUUAUCCAUAUGAUUAAUGAGUGUCUGUUCAGAGGUCCAUUGAUCAGUAGAAAAUAAAAAAUAUAUAUAAACAUA